AAAGCCUGCGCUAGCGUAGAAUUUUGUGUAGUUAGCCUACCGUUUAGCUUUCAUUUCGAGAGGGAAGUUAAACAUUUUCGUGUUCGUUUGACGUUUACUUUGUUUUGAAAUUGUUUGUGAUAGUUUUAGCCUAGUAUAGUUUAAUUAAACUCAUUAAGUUGAUCAAGGUGAGCUAGAAAGUAAAUAAUUCGUGUAAAGCAUGGAAGAAGUCGACCUAACCGACCUGAGCCGCAAGGGAAAAUUUGCAAGAUGCAUAAUUUGUAGUGACUAUUCUCUCAGAUCUAGAUGUCACAAUAUAUUUGAAACAACAUUAACCAAUGGGGAUAUUUUACUCUCAGAGUUUCUGAAGAAUGUUUUAGAUUGCUCAGUAUUUAUAGUAGUAUCUCCUGAAUUCUUUAUCUGUGAUAGAUGUUACAUUCUCUGUCAUAACCUGGAUUGUAGCUUCGCUCGGUGUAACAUCUUACAAGACAAGAUUCGCACAUUAUUUUUAAACACUGAAACAAGGCUGAAAAGACUUCGGGAAGGUAAACCGGUCAUCGAAGAUUUGGAUAGUCUUGAGCCUGAUCCCCAGAUCAAGAAAGAAUUAGAGGAGGAUUUGUACGUCAGGGAUGUAGGUGUUGAUCUUCGAGAUGAAGAAUAUUAUGAAGAUGAACCGUUGGUGGCAGAAGAAGUGGAAGAUGUACCUCAAAUGGAUCCAGAUUUCUUUGUCAACACUGAAAUAGUGGAAAGUGAAGUUGUUGUCGGAGACUCUGAAUACAUACCAGAGGUUGAAAAGUCAGAAGCCAAAACUGAAGUCAGCAGUCUAACACAAGUAGAAGUUGAACCACCUCAAAUCCUAAAAUAUGAAGAUCAAUCUCAAGAUGGUGUGGUAAUAUGUGAGAAGUGUGGAUUGGUUCUAGAAAGUGAGAAAGCAUUGAAGAAACACAAAAAAACUCACUUGGAGUUGAAAGACCAAUUGAAAAUUAAGUCGGUUUAUGAGUUUCAACACUUUAGUGUAAAGCUGAAAAAGAAGAAAAAGGUAUUCUUUUGCAACCGAUGCAAAUACGAGGCAUCUACUUCUGAGGACAUGGAAAAACAUUUGAAAACCCAUAAGACAGAACCGGAAUACAUGUGUGAUAUUUGCGGCAGACGUUUUAAGUAUUUGAAGACUUUUGAACGUCAUAAAAACGUUCAUGAUGAAAGUCGACCUUUUGCGUGUAAAUUUUGUGCUUACAGAGCGAUGACUGAACUUCUGUUGAAGAUCCACGAGAGGCAACACGACGAUCAGAAGAAAUACGUUUGUUCAAAGUGCGGUUAUAAAACCCUGAAGAAAAUGUCUUACAUCAUCCAUUGUAGAAUUCAUACAGGCGAGAGGCCAUACUGUUGCCCCACUUGCCCUUACAAAGCUAAAGAUCCUAGCACGCUGGAACGUCACCGACGGAUACACGGAGGCAUCAGACGUUACCAUUGCACUCUUUGUAACUACAAGUCAGUGCAGAAGGCAGCGUUGGAUAUCCACAUGAGGAUGCAUACUGGGGAGAAACCUUUUGCUUGUACUCAAUGCGAGUAUCGUUCGGCCAACAGACACAACUUGAAGGCUCACAUUGCAGCCAUUCACUCUGACGAGAGACCCUUCGCUUGCACUCAGUGCAGCUACAGGACCAAGCUGAAGCGACUGUUGACAUUACACACCAGGAAACACACGGACGAGAAGCCUUACACCUGUGCACAUUGUGGCGCUAAGUUUAGAUACAGAAGUGCUAUGAGUUACCACGUGAGCAAGAAACAUCCUGCAAAAGAAAAUGGAGAAAUGACCUGCUAUGUGCUGAAUUAUUGUGAAUCCCAGAAACUCAAGUUUAACGGAGAAGACCUUGUUUUCUCAGAGGCAGACUCGGAUUCUGGAUCUGAUAAUGAAACUGUGUAUGAGAUUGUAGACGUAGAUGAUGUAGUUGUAGAAACUACGUAAUGUUUACAUUUUAAAAUAAUGAUAGUUUUUGUAGGUAUAUUUUUGAAAAGCUAUUUAACUAAAAACAUUUAAAAGUGGAAUUUGGAUUGUCUUGCCCUUGUUGACUUUAGUAACAAUUGGGGAUUUGUGUUCUUUAGCUCCUUAGUACUUCUUAUAAAAAUAAUUACAUGAUCCAAAUUGUUGUACUUGUUUAUUUCAAUAGUCUUGUCAAAAUUACUAGGCUAUGAUGUUAUUUUUUUCUCCAUAAAUAGAAGUGGUUGGUUCACCUUACAGAUUCAGAUUAAAUUCCUAUGGAAUGCCAUAUGAACAGAAAUGGAAAGUUGCCAAUACUUUUGAGCCCCCCCGUAAUCCCCAUAUAUCAAAUAAUACUUUCACAUUUAUGGGCAAAGAACAAACCCAAAUUUUCCAGGGCACAAACAAUACAAGUUCAAAUUUCAGUUAGGGAGAGUUAUGAAGACAACAAAUUCUAGAUACUGUUACCUUUUUUCAGUUCAUUUUGACACAGAAUUUAAAAAAAAGUUAUCGGUUUAGGGACUAAUCUUCUCCCUAUGGCUCUUUAUUAGUUGAGCUUGUGUAAAAACAAAGAAAUGCAAUCUUUUAAGAUUUCACUGCUUCUAUUCAAAAUUGAGUCUGAUAAGUUUAAAAUUCUUAAACAUGUUUUUAGUGGACAUACACAUAAGUCCCGUAAGUAAACAUUCUAAUAAAGCAAAGCUAGUCAGGUUGCACCUCAUUUGGCAUAUUUUACAUCUACAAAUCUUAAUA